GCACACACAACAACACACACAGCACACACAACAACACACACAGCAACUCAAGCAAACCCAAAAGCAAACCCAAGCAAGACAGCACCUCCACCACCACACAGGACAUGAUGUCCUCCCACUCUGACAAGACAUUCCUGUUGGACGAGGACGAGGACCUCGCGGGGGAUGACAGACCAAGCACAACCGCCGCAGUCGUCGGUGAGGCAUGGGCGUUUGAGGAUACAGACGCCAACACAUCCGCGAUUCUUACCCCAGCAACAGAAGACGACGCACCCCCAGCAUACCACGCCGAUCAGGAAGAGGAGCACGAGCGGAAGGAUCGCCUCGCUGGCAACAGCUCGCACGCGGCUGCCACAGCGUCAAAACGGAACAUGAUUGUAUCCUCCUCAGCAAACGAGCAGGUGUAUCCACACCACGCUCCUCCAACACGCGCUCAACACGGCCAUGACGAUGACGACAGCGAUGACGACAGUGACGCGUCAGCCUCACCCUCGUGCUGGCUGUUCAAGGCACACUGGUACCUGGUGUUCUUGUCCAUGUUUGCUUUUGGCCAGAGCAUGAUCAUCAGCGGCGUCUUCCCCAUCAGCAUCACGUCCAUCACGCGCCAGCUCGGAUACACAAACGCGCAGGUGGGCAUCCUGCCAUCGCUCUACGACGCCACCAUCGCCAUCACCGCCAUCUUCAUCACCCACCUCGGCCAUCGCGCGCACAAGCCGCGCUGGUGCGGUUACGCCGCCAUCAUCUUCACGCUUGGCGCCCUCACCAUGGCCGUGCCGGGCAUCUCCUACAAGCCCACGUUCCACCCAGGCGACACCGACUCGGAAGCCCAAACACUGCCAGUCGCGGACCAGCAGGCAGCGGCAAACCAGUCAAGCGUCUCCCAGCUCCUGUGCUCGUUCACGCCGCGCCCGGACGCCUGCACAGCACUGCAGGCCGACUACUCACUGGGCAAGGUCUUGUUCCUCGUGUUUGUGCUGGGCGAGCUGCUGAUGGCGGUUGGAGCGUCGCCAAUCUACAACCUCGGCGUCAGCUUCAUGGACGACAACGUCGACCCGGGCAAGACGUCCCUCUACGUCGCCACCAUGUACACCGCAACGGCUGUGGGGCCAGCCAUCGGCUUCCUGCUCGGGGGCGCAUUUCUCUCCACCUACGUGACCCUGCACUCGCCACCCACGGGCACGGAUCAGGAGUCUGCAACGUGGAUUGGCGCCUGGUGGCUGGGGAUGAUCGUCGCUGGGUGCAUGACUGCCACAGCCGUCCCCUUUCUCCUCUCCUUCCCGAAAGCGCUGCCCGGCACGGCAUGGAUCAGGCGGCUGCGCGCCUCCGCCCAUGCCGACGCCGGCAGCGCCCGCGGCAGCGAGGACGGCGGCAGCGAGAUAAGCGCCAUCCGCGGGCGUGCACAGCGGACACACGGGAGCCUGCGACUCCGUGGAGACAGCCAGACCGCAUUUAGCGACGACGUGAGCAGCGAUGCAGGCAGCAUCAGCCCCCGCAGCACCACCCGCAUGCUCUCUCCGCCGCGACAGUAUGAUGUCGGUGGCACGGAGAGCGAGACAGAUGUGGAUGACGCUGUAUCGCGGGCGUCUGCUGCCCACGACCACGCCACUUCGCCUGCUGCCGUGCUGCCAUCCAUGACACACGACGCCAGCGACUACGAUGCCAACAACCAACACAGCGCGGAUACACAAGCGAUCAGGCCAGCAUAUGGGGCUGAGUCUGAGGGCACGGCGCCACGGCCGCUCGAGAUGCGUUCUCCGCUCCGUCGCAUAUGGGCGGUGGUCACGGGCGCGGGGGCAGACGUGCGCGACAUCCUGAGCAACCCGACCUUCACCGCCGUCUCUGUGGGGAACACGCUCGACGGGUUUAUUGUCGGCGGCGUGGGCACGUUUCUGCCUGCGUUUGUGGAGACGCAGUUCCACGUGUCUGCCUCUGAGGCAAGCUUCUACACGGGGGUGGCCAUCAUCAUGGGCGUGACCACGGGCACCAUGGCGGGCGGGUGGCUGGUUCGGCGCCUCAACCUCACCGCAAAGCAGACUGCCCUUGCCAUUGUGUGCUUUGCUGUGAUGACGCUGCUGUUUCUCAGCAUGUUCCUCGUGACGUGCGCGACGCUUGAUGUUGCCGGCGUCAACACCCCCUACAACUACAUGCAGGACUCGCACGACAUCGUCCCCGGCUGGGGCGACAACGUGACUGGGCCCGUGUGGGAAGGGUGCACGCCAGACUGCCACUGCUCCCUGCGCGACUUCCGUGCGGUGUGUCAUCGCCCCACGGGUGUCACCUUCUUCACACCCUGCGCUGCAGGCUGCACACUGGACCUCUCUGCUGAGGGCAUGUAUGGCAACUGCUCCUGCGUCAUACCCGCCAACACCACGACGACAACAACGACGACAACAACAACAACGGCAAUGCCAGCGACAACGCCUGUUGCUGGUGGUGGUGGGAAUGGCACGUAUGGCGAGGUGGUGCACGUUGGGCGGUGCAGCGGCAACUGCAACUCGCUUCCGGUCUUCCUUGUUCUCCUGUUUGCAGCCAUGGUCACCCUGUUCAUGGCAGCGGUGCCCGUCACGCAGGUGCACCUGCGCUGUGUUGCCGAGGAGCAGCGCAGCAUGGCGCUCGGCGUGUCGCAGGCCCUCUCGCGCCUCUUUGGCGCUGUUCCCGGCCCCAUCAUUGCGGGCGCCCUUCUUGAUCGCGCGUGUUUGCUGUGGGAGGAGCGCUGCAACGGCACACGCGGCUCCUGUCUCCAGUACAACAACCCGCAAAUGGCGCGGACGCUUGGCCUGGCCACCCUCAUUGCGAAAUGCGCGUCGGUGGUUGCGUACUUCUGGGGAUACUACCGCUUCCCGCGCCACAGGGACGUUGCCUAUCAAUCUGACAAGAAGCAGAUUUACGAGCUGCAAGAGCAAGGCGACGAGUCUGUGGCCUGA